ACAGUCUGGUGCAGUGCACUCGCGCCAACACGACGCCGCAGAUAGCUCUUAUUUCUUUGCGAUCGAGACGAAUUACGAUUCAAGAAAAAUGGAUUUAGGGAGUGAUGAUUCCGAUGAGAUGAAGCUUCUGGGGGAAGAUCAGAGGACUAAAAGUGAAAGUUCAGAUAGUGACAGUAGGCAAGGAUCACUAGACACACUAGUUUUUGAUAGUAAAAUUAAUAAAACAUCAACGCAUGCUGGAGAUUUGGCGGAGACAUGGGGCGGAGGGAGGUCCCCACCAAACUCGGGGCGAUUGCGACGAACACAAUCAUGGUCGGGAGACCCGAACGAUGAUGUCAGCUCGGAAAUCCGAAUAUUGAGAGAAAGAUUGGUGCGCACACAAAGAAAGCUACAUCCAGGUGCAUUCCGGCUGCUGAGCGGCCGACAACGUUUAACCUUGGCUUCACUCGCGAUUGUAGAUUUCAUGAGCUUUUGUUCCAUGAGCGUUAUGGCUCCAUUCUUCCCGAGAGAGGCGUCAUCUAAAGGACUGUCAGAUACUACAUGCGGAAUGGUGUUCAGUUUCUAUGCUGUCAUCAUGUUUUUAACGUCGCCUUUAUUCGGGAAAUUCCUACCGGCCGUGGGCGCGAAAUUUAUGUUUACCGCUGGGAUGUUAGUGGCUGGAGUGUGUAAUGUAUUAUUUGGAACGUUGGAACUAAUAGAAGAUAAGACAACAUUCACAGCCCUCUGUUUCUUAAUAAGAGGGUUGGAGGCGCUGGGAGCUAGUGCGUAUUCUACGGCCAGCUACGUGUUCGUCGUUAACGCCUUUCCCGACAACAUCGGUUCAGUGCUUGGCAUUUUAGAGACCUUUGUAGGACUCGGAAUGUCAGUGGGACCGGCGAUAGGCGGUUUAUUGUACUCGAUCGGGGGCUUUGGACUACCAUUUUAUACUCUUGGGAUUGCGAUGGUGCUGACAGUACCCAUAAACUUCUUCUUGCUUACUGAAUGUGAAGAAUAUGUAUCCGGUUCAAAAACAGCUUCAAUGAUUAAACUAUUGAAGAUUCCGUCCAUUAUUGUUACUGGACUUGUAAUCGUAAUAAUGUCCAAUACAUGGGCAUUCUUGGAUCCAACGUUGGAACCUCAUAUGCGACAGUUCGGGCUAUCCACACAACAAAUCGGAUUGAUUUUCUUACUAUUCUCAAGCUUGUAUGGCAUCUUCAGUCCCAUAUGGGGAUGGGUAGCAGAUCGAGUACACAAUCACUGGUGCAUGAUGGUUUGGGGCCUGUUCCUGUCCACAGUUGGCUUGUUGUUAUUGGGCCCAUGUCCUUUCAUCCCCGCAUUACCACGUGAGCUUUGGUUAGACCUGGUUGCGCUUUCGAUACUAGGAAUAUCUGUGGCCCUUACAUUGUUGCCCACAUUUCAAGGAGUGUUGACAAGUUCCAUUUAUGAAGGGGGAUGCCCCGAAGCGCUCACCACAUACAGUGCAGUGGCGGGGGUCUGGUCUUGUUGUUAUUCUCUGGGCGAAGUCUUUGGUCCGGCCCUUGGUGGAGCCCUCACGCAACGGUACGGGUUCCCGCUGUGCGCCACGCUCUGCGCCUCUGCAUGUUUCACUAUGGGCGUUAUAACAUUAACAUUUUUCUCACUGCGCGAAUCUUCGAAAUGGGUGCAGCCAGGAAGUGUAUCUGAUUCGAUUCCGUACACCGACACCACGUGGAGCAGCAGUAACUUCUGCAGAACACGCAGCGCGCCUGAGAACGGCCUCACCGAAAACUCUCCGUUAAUACACUGCGCCUGUCCGCACAAAAAGGGACCCUCCUAUGGAACGACGUCUUUAAAACACGUUUGCCUAGUUCACAACAAGAGUAAGAAGAGCGGGUACGCGAGCGUUACUGGAGCCGUUGGAUACUUUCUCAAAUUUCAAUACUUGACAAACGUGUGUGCCAAAAUAAAACAAUCCACAAAUAAGCGAAAAUAUUCGGAAAUAAACGAAAAUCAACUAUACCAGAACUAUCUCGGUAACACCGAAACCAACACGGACAAUGAAAAAAGCCUGAAUAUUAAUAAUAAUCUAAUGCAAAAACAAGAGAACGGUAGCUACUGUACGUAUCUUGAUGAGGCAAUAUUUGGCAGUCCAGUGGUUAUGUACAACGUCAAUAUAGAUCACUUGAAAGUCAAGAAAAAUAACAAAGGUCUGAUCUCAAAUUUGAUGACAUGUGCUGAUGAAAAAAAACCAUCGAACGAAAUAUUAAAGCAUAAUAUCGAGAAAGUACAUUUUUACGAACAAAACCCAGAGUGCUCUUCAUUAGAAAAAGAAUUUGAUGGCUGUGAUUGUAAAGGCGACGUCUCGUACUUCAGAGGAACGGUAACAGUUUCGUCAACCGGCGCGUGUGAAGUUUAAAUCGUAAUAAAAUAGAAUGUAAUGUAAUCGCACAAACAAUAAUUUAAUUAAACUGAUCUUACGAUUUUUAAUUGACAAAAUUCUAAAAUAGAUCCAAUGAAAUAAAAAAAAAAUAACACAAAAUAUUUUAUUCGUAAUCGAACGAAACUUUGGGGUGGCAAACAUGACGUUUCACCCCUCUCUACCCUUCCCAUUUCUGAAACAUCGCAACUGAGAUAAAUAGUCCUCUCCCUGUUUAUGAGUCCCUGGUAGCAACGACCUCCACUGACGGUUUCAUGACAUUUCCAAUGAACUAUUAAUUUAUUGUAAAAUGAACGUUAUUUUUACACGAGCAAAAUAUACAUUCAAGUUUUUGUAAGUACAGA